AAAAAAAAAAUUAAAUUAAAUACAGCAACCAAUAUACACAACCAUCUGAAAACGAUCCACUUCAUUCACUUAUUGUUUCAAUCUCAUAUUCUCAUCCACUUCAAUUCUUUCUCAACAGCUGCUUCCACCAUUGAUCCACCUCCCUAUCCAAUUUUCAUAUAUAUAAAAAACAAAGCUCUCUACUCCAUAAUACAUUCGAAUCUUGAAAAUACUAGUAAAUCAAUAGGCCAAUAGAUCAAAGCAAAAAGCAAAAAGCUGAGUUAUCUUACAAAUUUAUCAAACAAUGAACAAAGUGAGAAAUCCCUCAAGAUUUCCUUCUUUUACUCAGAAACAAUAUCAUACUCCCUCCAAUCUCCAAUCUUCAUCUUUACUGGACAUAGACUCAAUCCACGAUUUGGAUUCAAUAGAAUCUCUUCAGGAAUUUCACACAUCAACUGUACGUGAGUUGAUCCAUCUACUAACCUCUGAAAUUAAAAAACAUGGUUCACAGACUCCCUACAUUUUUUUGCCCUUUCGAUCCCAAAAUGACGACAAAAAACUAUCUUUUUUUCUAAAAAAUGUGUUGCAAAAUAUAAACAACAAACCCCUUAUUAAGUCAGUGAUAUCAAAAACCGAUGUCUUCACUUUAAUCUCCUCUUUGAAAUACUUGUGGUCAAGACUACCAAAUCAAUCAAUAAUAGAGUGGGAUGCAUACCUCAAGUUCAAAGAACAAGAAAGAAUGCAGGGUUAUCCCAGGACUGCUUUCUUAGAUAUAAUGCCCUCUUGCUUAUCAACUCCUGAUUCAGCUUCAAUAGUUUACGAUUUUCUAGAUUUGUUAGUAAGAAUCGCUGCUUAUACAAAAGAAAACAAACUAAGUGGAAGAAAAGUUGCACGAUUAGCUGGCUUGUGGGUUUUUAAUGGUCCUCCUCCUAACGACUCAAAUCUAAUCAACGAUUACAACAGAAAUCAACCUUCUUUUUCUAAUGGUCUAAAGGUUUGGUCUCCUGCAGCUGAUGCCACUUUCCAUUUACUUUUAUCCUUUAUCAGAGGAAUGGCUCAAAAUGAUAAGCAAAAAAACAAAACAACAGAAAAAUCCCUACUCUCUCUAAUAGAAAGAAACUCUUAUCCACCCAAAAACUCUUCCUCUUCCUCUCAUCUAACCUCAAUUCCAAUCGUCACUAUAUACUCUCAGGUCCUAUCAUCUGAUCCACUUGAACUAAUCGAAAGCGCUAGCAAAACUUUAUCCUUUGAUAGACCAGAAUUAUAUGAUGACGCUAAUCACUACAAAAUCUUGAGAUCUCUAUUCAGAGAUCCAAAACUAGACAUCCAAGAUAAACUAACCAACGAAUCCUCAAAAAUCCUUGUAAAAUUAUCAAAAGAUAACGAGUAUCCCUUAUUGAAAAACGGCUGGUAUCCUCAAUUCGCUCCCCUUAAUUCAAGUAUUUUAUCAUCAGACGACGAAGAUGAAGAUAUAAAUCCAAACUUGCCUUUGCACAAAGCUACUGUAUCAAAAAUCUUAAUAGACGAUUAUUACAUUUGGGCUUGGAUGGCUUCACUAUCUCCUGAAUCUUCAGAUUCAAAAAGAGCUUUAUUCGGCAACACAAUCAUAGCUGAGUUCACUUACGCUAAAAACCAAGUUAAAUGGUUAGCUAUUCAAGAAUGCAAAUUGUCUGAUCCUAAAAACGAUACAAUUCCCAAUUCCCUGAAAACAAGAAAUGUCAUUGUUGAUGAUUUCGAUAAACCUCUUUUAAACCCAUCUAAAGGCGGUGAUGUUACGAGAUCAAGUAGCCACUAUACUACAAAUACAAUUGAUAGUGUCUCAUCAUCUAAAAGUGCCAGAUCUUUUUCCGGUGCUAAAUUCAAAAACAUGUUCAAGUUUGGUAAAAAAAAUAAAAUUGAAAAGGAUAAAAACGACGACUUCAGAUUAUCCAGAUUUAUUGUAGCUGAGAAUAUCGGCCUGUUGCCAGAAAUUGAAACUAAUGAUUAUAGAUUAAGUAUGCCUUUAGGUGCUUUUACCUUUGAUGAUAUUCCAAAGACUGCCGAAAAUUCACAAUCCAAACAUGAAUCCACUCUUUCAGCUAAUAAUAAAAACACUAAUAGUAUGGUUCCUGAAAGCAGUAAUCAAAGCACCUUAACUAUAACUGAAAAAUUAGCCGUCUCAGGUAAUGAAUCACCUACAAAAUCAAUGAUUGAUAACUAUUACGCACCAAGUGAUCUAAUGAUCUCUCCACCUGUUUCACCUGGUCGAAUUAAAUCUCAAUUUUAUGACGAUAUUAGCAGUAAAAAUAGUCGAAACAGCUUGAGAGAAAUUGUCAAUUUAAUUGAUAAUUUGAAUUUUCAAACCGAUGAAGUUGAAAAGCAGUUAAAAUCUUCCUCCUCAAAUAUAAAUUCUAUUAAAAGUAAAAGAUCAACAUUAAAUACAUUCAAUGAUGACAAAGGUUUAAAUGAACCAAUAAAUACAGCUAGAACGUCUGUUUCUUCUUUAAAAAAUCCUAGUUUGGUUGGCGCCACUGCAAUCCCAAAUCCUUAUUCCGAUGAAAAAAUAGAAACAUAUCCUGAACCAACAGUCUCACCUGUUGAUCCUAAUUUCGAUAAAAAAUUCAUUCAAACACUAGAUACUAAUAACGUGCCCAAUUUUUAUCCACAAAAUUCUAGUCCAAAAAGAAACAGUCGUCAACUGGCUAGAAACAGCUCGCCACUUCGAAAUAACAUAAAUUUUACUGAACAAGAUGAUAGUAUUGAUGAUGAUGAUGAUUCACAUAAUAAUUUAAGCAUAAUAGAUAAAUAUAGAUCUACGGUAUCAGUCAAUUCCAAUAAAAGAAUUUCAAAUAAUUCAAAUCAACCCCCAUCACACAAUUCUAUGAAUUCUAAUCAACUUCAAAAUAUCAAUUCUAUACCUUCCAAUAAAUAUCCCGGAUCAAUUAACUCUAAUCGUCAUUCCAACGCCAGACAAUCCAAUUUAUCAAUUAACUCUGUGCAAUCCAAAACAAGUUCAUUCCAACAAGUAGCCCCACUAGCAUAUGCUGCACAGAAGGAACCACAACCAAAUAUUCAACCUAUUAACGAAAGAGGUGAAUAUGAAAAUGGAAAUAGAAUGGGAGAUGUUAACAAUUCAUUUGAUUCUACUGGUAGUGUACAUAACAUUGAUGGAAGCACACCUGGAACAAGUCCAUAUGGACAAUAUGAUCAAGCUGGAUACAAUCAGUAUAAUGGAAACGUUGGGAAAAAUGUAAAUAAUGGACCAAAUCGAUCGUCAUCGCCUUCAAAAAGACCUGCAAAUUAUAAUCAAGAUGUUCCACAGAACGCUAAUAUCGAAGAAAGAAAACCACCAAUUCGAGGACCACCACCAGUCCCAACUGCUAACCCACCAGCACCACCUGUUGGGAUGAAUAAUUAUUCCCCACAGCAACCUCACCAAGAGCAAUAUUAUGGAGAUGUUAACGAUGGAUACGGAGAUAAUUAUAAUCAAAUUCCUCAACAAAUGAAUGCUCCUCCUCAGGGUGCACAAUAUUACAAUAAUAAUACGAACAAUUCAAGUAAUAGAUCAUUGCCAAAUUCUCAAAGAAAUUCAAGAACUCGUGGAUUUGCACCAAAUCAAGGUCAAGUUCAAGGACCAAUACCAGGACCAAUACCAAAUCAAAACGUUCAAACUCCACAACAAGCUCCACAACAAGAUUAUUUUGAAGACAAUUAUUAUGAUAACGGAUACUAUGAUAACAACGGGAAUUAUUAUAAUAAUGACAAUUACUAUCAACAACAAGCUCCUAUGCAACAGCCUGUCCAACCACAAUCAAUGCCACCAAUGGGUUCUCCAAUUCAACAAGGUGGUUUGCCUCCUCCAUCAGGACCGCCACCACCACCACCCCCUCAACAUCAGUAUAAUGGACAAUAUAACAAUCAAUACCGAGGCCCCAAUCUGCCACAAACAGUCAAUUACAACAAUCAAGCAGUCAAUUAUAAUAAUCAAGCAGUAUCACCUGGACAAUCUCAACCAUAUAGAGGAGCUAUUAGAUAUCCAGUUGCAAGAAAUGCUAAUGACAGCUCAAAUUCGCUUAAUAAUAAUACUAAUUAUGAUCAAAGGUAUUAUCAACAGCCAAUUCCACCAGCACAACAACAGGGUCAAGGUCAAGCAAUGGGCAUGGGUCAGCCAAUGCCAGCUCCAAUUAAUACACAAAUGUAUGGACCUCCAAGCCAACCACAGUCGCAAAAUCAAUCACCUAUUAGUCCAUCAGGAAGGUUUCAAACUCCAAAUUCGAGACCCCAGCCCAGAUUUAGAGGAUCGGGAGGUUAUGGAGGAUCUCCAAAAAUGAAUGGCAAUACUAGUCCAACCAAUCCCCCAAAGACAACUAGUGAUUUAGCUAUUUCAGGAAUGCCAAUAGUUUCUGGAUUUAAUAAAUUACAUGGGCCAGGAAGUAAACAAACGGAUAAAAAAAAUUUACGGGCAGCUUUGAUGAGUAAUAAUAUGCUUUGAUGAACAAAUUUUUAAAGCAAGUGAAAAAAGUAAGGAAAGAAAAAAACGAUAUGAUCAUUCUGAUUGUAAUCAUAUCACAUUUUUUUGAUUUUAAUUAUUGUAUUUUUUUUUUCGAGAUCAAAAUUAAUAUUGGUUUUGUUUAUUAAAUUUUUUAAAAAAAUUUUAGUUUUAGUUUUUUGUGUUUUUUGUUUCUGUUCUCAACUAUUCUUUAAUACUUUUUGAUUUUCUUUUACUGAUUUUAUUGUUUCUUUAUUAUAUUACUGAAAGCUUCAAAAUUUCUUAUUAAAUGACA